AUGCUCCUCCUGCAGCUGCUGCUCCUACCGCUGCUGCUCGGCGGCCUGCCGCUGCAGGCGGCGGCGCAAGGCGUCCCGGCGCAGUCGCCGGACCCCGCCGCCGCGCGGCGCGCCAACGAGCAGCUCGCGGCGCUGAACGCGCUGCCGGCCGCCCUCGGCUCCCCCGUCCUGCAGUCGCCCGCCCCCGAGGCGCAGCGCAUCACCAUAGAGGAGCAAUUGCAGCAGGCGGAGGCGCUGGGGGUGGCGCUGACCCAGGAGCAGCUGGCGCGGGCCAACCCGCUGCUGGGGACGGCGGGCCGGCUGGCGGACCCGCAGCGCACGUCCCCAAACGACUGGCCGGACGGGUGA